GUUACCAAAUGCAAGGUUUCCAGUAGUAAAGAUGGCCGCCUGAUCGGCACUGCUGCGCGGAAUGAGGGAUUUUGUACAGUUAGAGCUUCCGUGGAUGUCAUGGCGGCCUCCGUGGUGUAAUGUGGCGGCGUGAGUGUUCUGUAUUAAGACGAAGCCUCUGACUGUUCCUCCCGACACCUACGGAGAGAGAAGAAAUGCAGCCAAUCUCCGUCCGCAUGUAGUAUCUACAAUCAGUCGCCCUACGCUUCAUCCAUGGAGAUCUCUAGUUCUGAUCCCAAGCGCUCCCCCAGUCAGCCCUGCAGUGCGGAGAUCACAGACGAUCACAUGACCUUCCCUCUCCGGGAGAUUUCCCAGACUCCGGCCUCCACAUCUGAGUCCUGUGGACUCUUCAUGCACUGGAAGCUUCAGGCGCUCCGUAAGACGGAUCUCAGUAAGAAGGGCAGCGUGGACAAGGACAUCGAGGAGGUUGUGAGGGACAUCAACCUCCAGGACUGUUACUUCACCACCAGCUCCUGCUCCGGGAGGAUCAUCCUUAUAGAUGAGAACCCUGAUGUGUCCUUAGUACAGAAAGAGAACUGCUCGUGGCUUUUUGUAACUCAUGAUCUUUGCACUAAAGAAGACGUGUUUUCAGGUCUUCAGAAAGCCUCUGGAGAUGCCGUGCUGAAGUUUGAACCCUUCGUCUUGCACGUACAGUGUCGUACACUAGAGGAUGCUCAGCUGCUGCACGGCGUUGCCAUCAAUUCGGGUUUUCGAAAUUCGGGAAUAACUGUUGGCAAGAAAGGGAAGAUUAUUAUGGCGGUACGCAGCACUCAUUGCCUGGAGGUGCCCCUGAGCCACAAGGCAAAGUGUCUGGUGAGCGACGAAUAUGUGGAGUUCUUGGUGCAAACAGCAAGUCUGAAAAUGGAAGAAAACAAGAAGAGGAUUGGCAGAUUUUACAGCUGUCUUCAGACUGAAUUACACAAGAGAAAGCAAGUCAAGGACCAAGAUGGCGAUCAGCUGCCUGUGCGCCCGGUAUAUACCCGCAGGCGGAGGAGACAAGAUGGGGACAAGACACGAGACGUGGCGCAGCCUGACAACUCUGUGGACGAUGAAGAGACCAGUAUCUUAUUUCAGGAUAUGACGCUAUCGUCUGUGCAGGAAUAAUAUGGUAAAAUCCCUGGUGGGGCAAAGGAAAGAGCGGGCAUCACAGAGAUCAUGGCAGAGGACUGUGUUUUCAAUGAUUACAAACACUUUUUCAAUUUGACCUAUCCCCAGCAGGUGGCGAUGUGCCAUAGGAUAUUGCAGAGUUAAAGGGGUACUCCGGUGGAAAACUUUUUUUUCUUUUAUUUUUUUUUAAAUCAACUGGUGCCAGAAAGUUAGGCUGCAUUCACAUCUCGGUCAGCUCAGUUUUGACCCAUAUGCGGUUUUGGACCGGACCUAAAACCGUA